CGACGACGACCUUCAGCAACGGGGUAUAUGUUCAUCCUAUAGUCACUGACUUAUCUGCCUCACGGCUUAUACCCCCUGACAUCACCACAUACUACAUCAUGGAUAGCGACGCGAUUCCGCCAUCUUCACCUCCGCACGCCAGCACAGCCUAUGUCUCGAAUUCACCCUUCUUCGAGCCGCAAGAGAGUUCAUUUUCACCCAAAUCGAGCUCACCCCCGCCCCUAUUUUCCAGCGAUGACUCCCGCGAGUCGGUGGACGUGACCAAUUACGAAUCACCGCGCAUAUAUAAGAACAAACGCAAAGGCGCGUGGUGGGACACUGCCGAGUCGGCGCACAAUACACCAGAGCCUAAGAAGACAAAAAUCUCGCGCAACUUCGACUCUGGCGUAUAUAUGCUGAGCGACGCUUCCGACACCUCCGAAGACCUACUGCCACAACACAAAUCACCCUUUCCAAUGGAACUCGCACGCGAAGAACCGCCGCAGACCAGCGGAGCAGAAGCCGCUUUCUGCUCUCAAUUGCGCACGGGACUGGAGAGAAACCUGGAAGUAUACGAGUGGAGAGACCUCGACCUCGAAGAUAGCGACAUCAAGCAGAUUGGCAGUCUUGUGUCCGUCAUCAAGAACUCGCCAGACCCCGGAAGUGACCUCCCCGCAGAAGGCCAGUACCGCUCUAUGGUCCCCGAAUUAUACGUCAAUCUUAGUCAAAACAACUUGUGUCGACUCACACCCCACCUCUUCGAUGUUCACUCUCUCACCACACUUAUCUUGAGGAACAACGAUAUCGAAGAACUUCCUGAACAGAUUGGUCAACUUCAAAACCUGAAAACGUUGGAUGUGUCUUUGAACAAGCUGAAAUGCCUCCCCUUCGAAAUAUUGCACCUUCUCCAGCCCUAUGGCUCCUUGCAGCGUCUAACCACUAUCGGCAACCCGUUGUUAGAGCCGAUGCCUUCCGCUCGCUUCACCGCCGGUCACGCCAGGUCUGAGGUACCAUCAUUGUUCUAUACCGACUCUUUCUAUCCAGCUCUGGACCUAGAACAAUACGAAGCAAGCGAACAGUUGCCAGACCUGUAUGGCUCCUUGGAUUCUUGCUCAGACCCCGAGCAGGCUGUUUGGCGAAUACGGUACUUUGAAUCCUGGGCGGAUUCUUUUGGUGGCGAAAUGCGCGACGAGGCGGACGUCAACCUAGAAGACGAUGGAUACUAUGAGCACCAUCCUACACUACACCUAGAUGAUGUGAGGUCUGUGGCCCCAAGGUACAUUGCUAGGACUCUCGUUUCCUUCUUCGACCAGGCCGGCAAUACUAUGAAGGGCUCUACGAAACAGCCAGCUUCCGAUGAUGCAGAGUACCCAGUCAUUAUCGACACUAAUCGUGGUACAUACGGUUUUCCUUCUUCGUCGCUAUUCUCGCCACCCUCAACCUCACGAGUCGCUUCGCUGAUCACCAGCUCGCUGCACAACGUCUUCAAAAAGCGACAUCGCGACCACUUGACUAUCGAGGACCUCAGAAAUAUGCUCCAUGAUCCAAUUCCUCACGCCGCAAAUGCCAUCUUCACACAGGCAUUGAAGAAUGACAUUGGCGGCUACGGCGAAUUCCGCAAAUGUCACGUAUGCAGUAAGGCAUACGUCGUUGCAAGGGCAGAGUGGAUUGAGUUCUGGGGUGCUGGUUACGGGAUCUUCCACCCUCUCAAUGUCAAGGUCUGCUCAUGGGGUUGCGUUCCAGAAGAGAUGAGAAGGAGGCCAAAGAACGAGCUAGCAUGGUAGGAGACAAGUGAUCAAAUGGCGCAGUUCAAUAGCCAGUCAAGGUACUAUAGUAUACCCGCCUCAUUAUUGUACAGUCUACCAAUACUACAUAUUACGCUAAAGGCCUCCAGGCCACUUCAAAUCACAAGGCUUCAGCAUUAUUGUCUGCGACACUGCGGUUUCCAAACAGAACCCUUCCAAUCGCAGCGGCACAUGAAAACGUGCUUACGGCCACGCCAACGCAACUUAUCAUCUCAUUCUACCCGCGAUCCAUUGCUUCGGUAAUAUUACCGAGCCGUGUAUUUGUGCAUGGUGUCCUGGUAGCAAGAUCUACAAAACUUACCGUACAAGCUAAUUAAUUAUCGAGACCAUCUUUGGCAAAGCUCUGCAUGUUGUCAACAGGGCUGUCAUGCGGU